AUGAGUCUUUCACUCAAGUGUUUAGAGAAACAGAAGACAAAGACAUUGAAACAACUUGGAAAGACAAAGACGUUAUCUGCGUUGGCGGGCGUCAUGUUCUCCCUGCCAGAGCCUGAGCAGAGCAGCCAGGGGGCUGAAGCUGCUGCUGCUGCAGUGGGAUCCCUGGCAGCGACUCAGGGGGACUCAAGCAAAAGCUGGUGGCCAGGGCAGUGCCUGGCCAUUUGGUUUCUUGGCGAGACAGACUUUACCAAGGGCGAAUGGUGUGUGGAGUUAGAUGAGCCUCUUGAGAAGAAUGAAGCGACUGUUGCUGGAAUAAGAUAUUUUCAGUGUCAACCCAAAAGUGGCCUGUUUUCUUCUAUCCAUAAAGUGACUAAAAUUGUCUUUCCUUCCACUAUGCCAGCCAAAGCCACCUCCACCGCUGUGAGGAUGGUGACCACAACCACCAGCCUGAAGCGCAGCCCAUCUGUCUGUUCUCUCAGCUCCAUGAGCUCGUUAGUCUCCUACGUGAACAGCAAGCCCAGAUGGGCAGGAUUAUUGACUGCAACUUCCUCCUGUGAUGCCAGAAAGAUUUCAGGUGCCACUGUCCUCCAGGAAGCCCCAAGAGAGAGGAAGCAGCGCGAGCAGCUGCCGGCAAACGGGAUCUACGUAGAGGGAGCGGAGGUGGCUAAGGCCACAAGCCAUGUGGGGGAAAGAGAGCAGGAGGUAGCUCUGGCCUGGGACAGACACCACCAGCAUGUCCUAGAAGUGGAGGCCAAGAUGGACCAUCUGCAAACAAUGGUGGAAAUUGUUGAUAGGGAGAAGGCGGAGCUUCUCAACCAACUUGAGGAGAAAAGGAAAGUGGAGGACCCAUUCCGGGUUGAGGAAGAAUCAAUUACUAAAGGAGAUCUUGAGCAAAAGAGCCAGAUUUCUGAAGACCCUGGGAAUCCAGGCUGCCAGAAGCAGCCAAAGCAGCCAGAGCUGCCGCGGGCUACCAAGAGUGGCCGUGGGGGCUGCCUUGUGCUGCCGUGGGUUACUGUGUACUGCCAUGAGUGGCCAGCAGCCAUCCUGAGCGGCCGACGGCUAGUGAGAGCAGCUGUGAGCUGCUGUGAGCAGCCAACCUGCGACCAACUGUGA